UUUGCGAGCGACAGCCUGGCGUCUUGGUUUUGUCGUUUUGUCGUUUGGAUCUGCUGCCCCAGAACCGUUUAGUAACAUACGGUAUGGAGUAUGGAGAACGGAGGAACAAGAGAGACACGCGAGACACGCGAGACAACCGUCGCAUACUAACUAGUACGCCCCGGGGCGUCUUGUUAAUGUUUAAUGCGAUGACUGCCGUUUUCCGAACAAGAGGAAUGGCAAGCCCACGACGGGCAAAUCAGGAAACCACCGCCGCCGGCACUCGGCGCUGCUCGGCGGCUGGAGAUGUUGCACAGACACUACAGCCUGCAUCUGGUGUGGUGAACAACGACGUUGAGGUUCUACUACAACUUGGGCCGGCAGUUGAAUCAUCAUCCCAGCCCAUGUUGCACAGCUGCUCAAGGAUGAUCGAUUCAUGUCCAAGUAUAGCGAUCAUUCAGCUCGCUCACCUUUACCAUAAUGGUCCCUUCUUGAUUCAGGUCUACAGACUACUGUACAGGAAGAGAGACGCCAUUCCUUACAGGUUCUCACCCUCCUUUGACAAAUGGUUAGCCCAAACAGUCAUUAGUCGAAACGGGAAAGACGGCCAGAUAACGAUUGUUUCCAAGCAGCUAGCAGGCGGUUUCUGCUGCCUCGCCCAUCCCCACCCCUUCGGCGCUGGUGACACUGCGCUAUUCCUGUAUCCCUGUUGGCUUGUCUUGCAUCGACAAGUCAUCUGGCCCUUGACGAGAGGAUUCCUGUGAGAGAGAGCCGUCAAAUUUGGUAGAAAAUGACUGUCGAGGCGUCUCCGACAUUGGCAGCACCGGCAGUUAGUUGCCACGGAUUAACUGAUUUGCUCCCAGGAACGCCUU